ACAAAUUAAAAGAGUUAAUAAUAGGAAAGUUGACGAUCCCUGAAGCCUUAAUAAGCACAGUUCCGUUUGUUACUCCUCCUAGUCCGCCGCUCCAUGAGAGAUGAAAUUGGUGUCAGAGAAGAACAUCCUGAGCACCCUCUUACCACCAUUCAUGCUCUCGCUCCUUAUGUGAGCGAGCUUAGCUGUGUGUGUUUGAUUUCUCGUCCCUAACUCUGCCCUUAUGGCAAUGCCGGAGAAGAACGGUUCCACGAUCGGGUACGUAGCCCGAAACUUCCUUCUCUGCCUAUUCGUCUUCACAACGGUCCUCUUCGCUCUGUCCUGCUACUUUGUGUUGCGUUCAACUGCCCACAACCGCUUCCUUAGCUCCACAUUUCAAUCCAAAUCAUUCGCUCGCGAUCCCAGCUUGAAAGAUGAUUGCAGAUGCGUUGAAGAUGAGAAGAGAAGGGGUCCUCUCAAGGUCUUCAUGUACGACAUGGAUCCGGAGUUUCAUUUCGGAUUGUUAAAUUGGAAACCUGAGGGAGGGGGGAGUGUAUGGCCUGAUGUUCACAAGUUCAUACCUCCUUACCCUGGAGGCUUGAAUUUGCAGCACAGCAUUGAGUAUUGGCUCACCUUGGAUCUUCUUGCGUCCGAGUAUCCAAACGGUCCUAGACCCAUUGCUGCCAAAAGAGUUUAUAACUCUACCGAAGCCGAUGUUAUCUUUGUUCCCUUUUUCUCCUCCUUGAGUUACAAUCGGUUUUCGAAGGUGAAUCCUCAUCAGAAAACAAGCAGAAACAAGGAUUUGCAAGGAAAGCUUGUUGCUUUCUUGACUGCUCAGGAGGAGUGGAAGAUGUCAGGUGGUAGAGACCAUGUGGUUCUUGCUCAUCAUCCCAAUAGCAUGUUGGAUGCUAGAAACAAGCUCUUUCCUGCGAUUUUUAUACUCUCUGACUUCGGAAGGUAUCCUCCUACUGUUGCAAACGUUGAGAAAGAUGUCAUUGCGCCUUAUAAGCAUGUCAUCAAAACGUACGAAAACGAUACCUCUGGUUUCGAUAGCAGACCCAUUCUGCUUUACUUUCAGGGUGCCAUCUACAGGAAAGAUGGUGGGUUUGUGCGUCAGGAGUUGUUCUACCUGUUGCAAGAUGAGAAAGACGUGCAUUUCUCGUUUGGGAGCGUGAGAAACGGAGGCAUAAACAAAGCAAGCCAAGGAAUGCACAACUCCAAGUUCUGCCUCAACAUUGCCGGAGACACUCCUUCAUCUAACCGUCUCUUUGACGCCAUUGCAAGUCACUGCGUGCCUGUCAUUAUCAGUGACGACAUUGAGCUUCCUUUCGAGGACGUUAUUGAUUACUCUGAGUUCUCCGUGUUUGUUCGCACCUCUGAUGCCUUGAAAGAGAACUUUCUGGUUAACUUGAUCAGGGGAAUCACCAAGGAGGAGUGGACAAGGAUGUGGAAUAGAUUGAAGGAAGUGGAGAAGUUCUAUGAGUUUCAUUUCCCGUCAAGGGUUGAUGAUGCAGUCCAAAUGAUAUGGCAAGCGAUUGCACGCAAAGUUCCUAGCGUUAAAAUGAGGAUUCAUAAGUCUCGGAGGUACUCUGGAUCUGUUUCUGAUGCAGGGAAAGAGUCAAGAUGGUCGUCAUUGAUACCUCGGAGUUUCUGGUGAAUAAAGAUGACAUCCUUUUUUUGUUCUCAGAAGGCCUUGGCACUGACUUCAAAUUGUUUUUUUUUUUUCUUGUGUAGAGAGAAGUUUAUGUUUGAUUUCUGAACUUUUUCUCCAAAUCAUAGGUUAUAUAGACAGAGAGAUUAGUCGCUUUUCUCCAAAGAAAGAUAAUAAUGUUGUAAGUUGAUUUGUUAAUUGUUAAUUUUCAUCUCUU